CCUGUCUCUGCAGUGGAGAUGCCUGGAUCAGCAGAUGUGACAGGGUUAAAUGUUCAGUUUGGAUCAGAGCCUGCACUCCUAGAGUUUGGAUCAACUUCAAGCAGUGCGAUUGCCAGCCAGGCAACCAACAAUAGGUUGUACUCAAAAUCUGUAAAGUAUGUUGAUUUUUUGAAUACCUCUUUGCCAAUAUCCAAUACAGUACAGGAGUCCACCUACACAACCUCUGCUGUCACCUCUUCCAGUCUCACCUGCUCAUCCCAGGGCACUAGCUCAGUGACAACUUCCUCCUAUGACCAGACUUCUGUGCAUAGUAGGAUAGCGUACCAAAGCCCCAUGGCUACAUCUGAAUCAACCCCUGUUGCAGUUACGAACAGGCACAGUGGUGUUAGAACACAGGCAACUCUUGACACUACUUCAUCAGUCCCAGAGCCUUUUCCUUCGCUAUCUCCUGCUGGUUCUCUGACUAGCAUGGUAUCCACCACUGCCUCGCUUCUGCCUUCAGCAUCACAGAACAUGGCAAUGUUGUCUAGCUUGCAUCAGUCCGUUGAUUUGGCCAGCAGCUCUCUUUCCCAGUUAAACAGUUCCCUUUCCAGUCAUCAGAGCAGCCUCUCCCCUGCUUCAGUGUUGCCUUCAAGCACAUCAUAUGUGCACACUAGUGUUGAGAACACAACUUCACUUCAGCCCUCAACAACUUUUUCAGCUGUUUCAACCUCAGCCACUAGCACCACCUCUUCAGUUGUCAGCAUGGCAAACAGUAUGAACACUACAAACAGCCUUGGCCUGAGUGCUUCCAGUGUGUCUAUACCAGCUGCUUCCACACAGGCAGCUCCCUUAGUGGCUUCAGGCAAAGCUCCCCCAAACCUGCCCCAAGGUGUACCACACUUGUUGCAUAACCAGUAUAUUGUGGGACCUGGAGGACUUCUGCCUGCCUACCCAAUUUACGGUUAUGAUGAUCUCCAGAUGCUUCAGUCCAGGCUGCCAAUGGAUUACUAUGGAAUUACAUUCCCUGCUCCUGCAACCUUGACAGGCAGAGAUGGAAGCCUUGCUAACAACCCAUACUCAGGUGACAUAACAAAAUUUGGACACGGGGAUUCUGCCUCACCUGCUCCUACUAUUACACUCGCCCAGCUGCAGCAGAACCAGACGCAGACUCACCACACAACUCAGCAGCCCUUCCUCAACCCAACCCUGCCCCCGGGCUACAGCUACACUGGAUUACCUUAUUAUGCUGGUGUGCACGGUGUACCCAAUGCAUUCCAGUAUGGGCCAACCAUGUUUGUACCUCCGGCAUCUGCAAAGCAGCAUGGAGUCAACCUGAACACCCCAUCGACUCCUUUCCAGCAAGUGAGUGGCUAUGGGCAGCAUGGCUACGGGGCAGGCUAUGAUGAAUUAACACAGGGAAUGGCUGAUGGAGAUUACAGCAAAGGAGGCUACAGUGGGUCAUCUCAAGCACAAAACAAAUCUGCUGGCACCAGACCUGGGAAAGGUAACACGAGACUUGAGGUUGAUGUUGAGUGAGAUUUAGUAGGGUCAAUUGCCAGUGCUGUGCAGUGAACACAGCAGCCAGAUCUAAAGAGGGUCAUGAUCCAAGCUGUUUCUCCACCUUCUGUAUACAAAAUACUUCUUUUUUAAUGGCCCAAGUGUUCUUUCAAAACCUCCCAGCUGAACUUUGUGUAUGGAUUUGUGGCUGAUGCGCAGCUUUGUCCACAAUUAUACAUGGGAGAAAUGGUGAGCUGUUUCCUCUGCCAAAUUUUCCUUGCUGAAGAAUAUAGUGGUCCUGCAACAGUGCUGUGUUUUUUGAAGCCUAAGCAGCUAGAUGCUGCUGCUGAAACGGUCCUCUGCCAAAUUAAGGCUAUAGUUUGAAUUUCUUGACAGGUAAUUGAGAUAGCUGUCUGUUCACAUAUCUCUGGGCUGUUGUUUCAGCUGCUGUGUGUAUACCCUGUAACUCAUCACAUUCUUGUGCCUAGAAGUGUAAAGUACAAUAUAAUACUACUACUAACAGGAAAUAACAGGAAAUAACAAGGGGAGAGAAUAUAAAACUACGAGGGGAAAGGAAAAAAGUAAACCACUAACCAGCAGCAAUGCACAGUACAAUUGCUCAUUGCCUGCUGA